UUGGCCAAACUCUCAUGGCUUUUUUCUCCUUCCCCCUUGUUUUCUCCUUCCCUCUUAAGACUUGGCACUUCUCCAGAAGGAGGAGGACAAAAUGACGAAGUCUAAGGAGCCAGUGACAUUCAAGGACGUGGCUGUGGUCUUCUCUGAGGAGGAGCUGCGACUGUUGAACCUUGCCCAGAGGAAGUUGUACCGAGAUGUGAUGCUGGAGAACUUCAGGAAUGUGGUCUCAGUGGGGCAUCAGUCCACACCAGAUGGUCUGCCCCAGUUAGAGAGAGAAGAAAAGCUGUGGAUGAUGAAGAUGGCAACCCAGAGAGAUAACUCCUCAGGAGGCAAGAAUCUAAAAGAGAUGGAGACUCUUCAAGAAGUAGGAUUAAGGUACCUGUCUCAUGAAGAAUUUUUCUGCUCCCAGAUCUGGCAACAGAUUACAAGAGAGUUAACCAAGUAUCAAGAUUCUGUGGUAAACAUUCAAAGAACAGGCUGUCAGUUGGAAAAACGAGAUGAUUUGCACUAUAAAGAUGAGGGAUUCAGUAAUCAAAGUUCCCAUCUUCAAGUUCACCACAGAGUCCACACUGAUGAAAAACUCUACAAAGGAGAACAUUGUGUGAAAAGUUUCAGCUGGAGCCCUCAUCUUCAAAUUAACCGAAGGGCUAAUGCAGGAGAGAAGCCCUACAAAUGUGAAAAAUGUGAUAAUGCCUUCCGUCGGUUUUCAAGUCUUCAAGCCCAUCAGAGAGUCCACAGUAGAGCAAAAUCAUACACAGAUGAUGCAGCUUAUAGGAGUUUUAGUCAGAGGUCACAUCUUCACCAUCAUCAGAGAGUUCCCACUGGAGAGAAUCCAUACAAAUAUGAAGAGUAUGGGAGGAACAUUGGGAAAAGCUCACAUUGUCAAGCUCGUCUGAUAGUUCACACGGGAGAGAAACCCUAUAAAUGUGAGGAGUGCGGGGUAGGCUUCAGUCAGAGAUCAUAUCUUCAGGUUCAUCUGAAAGUUCACACUGGAAAGAAACCAUAUAAGUGUGAAGAGUGUGGGAAGAGCUUCAGUUGGCGUUCACGACUACAGGCUCAUCAGCGAAUCCACACUGGCGAGAAACCAUACAAAUGCAAUGCUUGUGGCAAGAGCUUUAGUUACAGCUCACACCUUAACAUUCAUUGUAGAAUCCACACAGGAGAGAAACCCUAUAAAUGUGAGGAGUGUGGGAAAGGUUUCAGUGUGGGUUCACACCUUCAGGCCCAUCAGAUAAGCCACACUGGAGAGAAACCAUACAAAUGUGAGGAGUGUGGGAAAGGCUUCUGCCGGGCCUCAAAUCUUUUGGACCAUCAAAGAGGCCAUACUGGAGAGAAACCAUAUCAGUGUGAUGCAUGUGGUAAGGGCUUCAGUCGUAGCUCAGAUUUUAACAUUCAUUUUAGAGUCCAUACAGGGGAAAAGCCCUAUAAAUGUGAGGAGUGUGGCAAAGGCUUCAGCCAGGCCUCAAAUCUUCUGGCCCAUCAAAGAGGCCACACUGGAGAGAAACCCUACAAAUGUGGUACAUGUGGGAAGGGCUUCAGUCGGAGCUCAGAUCUUAAUGUACACUGUAGAAUCCACACAGGAGAGAAACCCUAUAAAUGCGAGAAGUGUGGUAAGGCCUUCAGUCAGUUCUCCAGCCUUCAGGUGCAUCAGAGAGUCCACACUGGAGAGAAACCAUAUCAGUGUGCAGAGUGUGGGAAAGGCUUCAGUGUAGGUUCACAGCUUCAAGCCCAUCAGAGGUGCCACACUGGAGAGAAACCUUAUCAAUGUGAGGAGUGUGGGAAGGGCUUCUGUCGGGCCUCAAAUUUUCUGGCACAUCGUGGAGUCCACACAGGAGAAAAACCAUACCGAUGUGAUGUGUGUGGUAAGCGCUUCAGGCAAAGAUCCUACCUUCAGGCCCACCAGAGGGUCCACACAGGAGAGAGACCAUACAAAUGUGAGGAAUGUGGGAAAGUCUUCAGCUGGAGCUCAUACCUUCAAGCCCAUCAAAGAGUUCACACUGGAGAAAAACCAUACAAAUGUGAGGAGUGUGGGAAGGGCUUCAGUUGGAGCUCAAGUCUUAUCAUUCAUCAGCGAGUCCAUGCUGAUGAUGAGGGUGACAAGGACUUUCCUUCAUCAGAGGGUUCACACAGGAAAACUCGAUAAAAUAUGUUUUACUAUCUCAGAUGGGUGCUGAAAUAUUUUAAUUAUCAGAGCUAUCAUAGACAAAACAUUUAUUUUAUAGAGUCAGUAGUUCGGCCGAGUGAUUGGGAGACCACACAGCAGAGAAACCUCACAAGAGUGGAGACAUAUGGACUGCAUUCAGAACACUGACCAUUAGCUGAUACAUGCAGACAAGAGGAUCAGGAAGGAUGAGUCUGAUCUGGAGUAAACCAGAAGUACUAAGAUGGGAAUGCUGAAUGCUAUUCCACUAGAAUAUAAGGUCCAAGAGGGUAGGGACUUUGUUGACUGCCAAAUCUACUCUGCCUUUUCAGUGCCUAACACAUUGUAAUUUUUCAGUAAUAUUUGAAAUUACUGUCAUACUUGAAAUUCAGUAAUAUUUGACAUUUAUCUCUAAAAGUUUCUCUAAAAUUGUACUCAGAAGAAGAAUUCUGCAAUGCUUGGAAGAUAUAUAAGUUAGUCAUAUGGCCUGAUUUUCCCAUUUUUGCAGGUCUCGUGGAUGAGUGUUUAUCAAACUGAAGGUUGCAGCUUGUUAGUGGGUCCAGAGAUCAGUUUCUGGCUAGCAACUAGAAAUUUUGUAUGUUAACAGUACUUUAUUGAGGUGUAAUCUGCAUGCAGUAACAUGCACAAGUCUCAAGUUUAUGGCUUCCUGAAUUUUGACAAAUGUAAUAAUCACCAAGAUCCAUGUGUACAAUGUCUAUUAAACCAAAAAGUUUUCUUGUGCCCAUUUCCAGUCAA